GUUCCAGAUUUCAAGAAGCUACAUGAACAGUUUGCAGCUUUUCUAGAAAAAGCAGCUACUACUCGUCCUAAAACGGUUGUGAUGCCAUUUCACUUUCAAACUGAAGAACGGAUUCACACUCAUAAAUGCUUGCAAGAGGUGUCGAUGCCAAAAAUACAUCGUCGUAGUUAUUCGACAGGUAAUUUACGUGACUAUCAAGGACCUGGAAUACGCCUUAAUCAUGCUGCUGUACUACGUCGGGAAGCAAAUAGAAGUCGUGAUCAAAAAUUAGAAGCUGAAAGAAACUUUUCACGCAAAUUUUGGGCAUCAAUGAAAGAAAGAAGCGAAUUGGCGAGGAUUAAAUUGAGACAAAAAAAAGAUCAACAGCAACGGGCGAAUCAGUACCAACUUGAAUUACAACAAAUAAAUCAGCGUGUUCGUUCUCGAGCACUCAUUCUGGAGCAACAAGAAAUGCUAGCAAAGUGUCAAAGAUUUGAACGAAAAUAUCAAAAAGUGAUGACUGCAGUGAAGCGUGACAUGCCCAAACACCGUAACCGUAACAUUCGUGGAGAUGAACUAAAGCAAGUUAAAACAGAAUAUCAUAAUGCAGAGUUCUUCACGAUAAAUGGCGAAGAAAUAAGGCAAACGGAGGAAAGAGAAGAGAGCAUUGUUAGCAAUGAUAAUAUGGUAAUUAAUGAUAACAACAGCAGUAGUAGUCACAAUUAUGAUGAUGGUAGCGAUAGCAAUGAAGAUGAAAGUGAGGAAGAAACCGGAAAUGUCUACGAUUACUGUAUCGAAGAUUCGGAAUACUUAUCUCAAAAUGAUCAAGUCAACUAA